AUGUCGAUCCAAAGAAAAGUCCUCAGGAAAACACCAAAUACUGAAAAAGCUCUUGAGAUUCUUCUCGGCCAACCUUCAAAAUCAUCUCUGCAACCAGCAUUUAAACUUUCGUCUGUGCUUUCAUCACCCCCUCAAUCCCAUAAUGAUAAACCCAAACCUAAAAAAGACCUUGCAAUCCCCGAUCGAACACAAAAAUUUAUACCAACAAACCCAAACACCCUACCUAAAUCUUCCCUGCUAACAUCUAAAGAUACAACCACAUCAAAUGCACCAGAAUACGAUGAAGAAUUCGGCCGUCGUCUAAAAGCAAAUCCUUAUGCAAAUAUGCUUGCUUCACCAAUCCGUAUGGAUAAACUUCGCUGGACGGCCUUCCCCCGUGAUUUACUUAUCCCAUUUGGCUUCGAAGAAGGUUCAGAGCAAGAAAAUAUUUCCUCAUCAUCUUCUUCAGAGCAAGAAAACUUUAAUGAAACACUUGCCGAUACCUUAGACCCAUCAAAAGAAGAUACAUCUAAUAGAAUCAUGCUUCAGCCUCGAGUGGGCAAAGAGUACCUUACCAAAGCAGGUAGCACAGCAUACAUCCCUUGUCAUCAAUCCAGCGUCGACCAAUUGGUUUUACAAUGGCGUGGAUUUUUCCCAGUCGUCCUUACAACUUCUGUUAAAUCAGCUCACAGUCAAUUCCAAAGUUCUGUCUUGCGUGCAUCCCAGCAACAACACCAAGAGCAAACAAAAAAAUCCAAGAAAUCUAGCCAACCACCAGCAGUUUUCCCACAAGACCUUGCAUCAGGACUUAUCCCCACACUUUUUGUGGACGAUAUUAUUCGAAUUUUGCAAAAAAAAGUGCUUAAACAUCAUCUUGUUCGUCUUCAAAUUAAACCUCUUCCUCAGGAAACCCCAUAUUUUUUUAGACUUUCAUGGGAAGAACUUAAUGAACCCACCACCACCACCACCAAUGAUACCACUCUACCAGAGUUUUGCACUCAAGUCUUUAAUAUCCCUGAAAUAAUGAAGACCCAACAAGAACAUUCGGAAACUCUUUAUAAAAUUCUUUCGGAAUCGGUUCCCAAAUUUAAAGAACAAAAAUACAUUGAUAUUCCCUCGCAUAUUGGCAUAGACAUUCAUAAAUUUUUGAUAAAAUACAUACAAUACUUUAGCGAGCUAUAA